AUGAAAGCGCGCGCGUACCCAUCGCGAGAUGUCGUCGGGACUGAUCGGAUGAAGAAGAGGAGGAGCGGACGGAGGGUGAACGGGAUGAGGACCGUCGUCGAGGUGGCGGCGAUGCCCGCGCGAAUCGGCGGCAGAACGUGCCGCACGCUGGCGAUGCUGCUGGCCGCGUGCUGCUGCUGGCUGCUGUUGAUCGGCCAGUGCGCCGGCCAGAAGCCGAUCAAUCUCGGCGGCAGCAAGAAGCGCGACGUCUACAUCGCCGGUUUUUUCCCAUACGGCAACCACGUGCCGGAGGGCCACAUCGGACGCGGAGUCAUGCCUGCGGUAAAGCUCGCGGUGGAGCACAUCAACGAGCAUCCGACGAUACUCAGGGACUACCGAUUGCACAUGUGGUGGAACGACACGGAAUGCAGCGCCGCCGUCGGGAUGAAGGCGUUCUUCGACAUGAUGCACAACGGGCCGCACAAGGUGAUACUCUUCGGUGGUGCUUGCACACAAGUCACGGAUCCGAUAGCGAAAGCUUCGAAACACUGGCGCCUUACGCAGCUCAGCUACGCGGAUACUCAUCCUAUGUUCACGACCGACGGCUUCCCGAAUUUCUUUAGGGUUGUGCCGUCCGAAAACGCUUUGAACGCGCCGCGAGUGGCUUUGUUACUGCAUUUCAACUGGACCCGGGUCGGAACGAUUUAUCAGAACGAGCCCAGAUAUGCGCUGGUGCACAAUCGGCUGGUGGCCGAUCUGGACGAGAGCAAGAUGGAGCUCGUCGAAACGCAGAGCUUCGCCACGGAGGUGAAAACGGCUCUCGAGAAGCUCAAGGAGAGAGACGUGAGGAUUCUCUUGGGAAAUUUCAACGAGGCGUGGGCCAGACGAAUAUUCUGCGAGGCCUACAGAUUCGGCUUAUACGGCAGGAAAUAUCAGUGGAUCAUCAUCGGAACCUAUACGAGAGAAUGGUGGUUACGUCCGGGCGGCGGUUGCGCACCGUCCGAGCUGUCCGACGCUCUUCACGGUGUCAUUCUCACGGAUCUGCUUCCGCUGACGACCGAGGAGCAGCACACCACGUCCGGGAUCACCCCGGAUCAGUACCAGAUCGAGUACGACUCGAGGCGGGGCAACGAGUACUCGAGAUUUCACGGUUACACGUACGACGGUAUCUGGACGGUCGCGCUGGCUGUAAAACACGUAGCCCGCCGAAUAAGACACUUCCAUCGCAACCAGACUAUAUCCGACUUUCGGUACAGAGACGCAUUAUGGGAGAAGCUCUUUCUCGAUGCCCUGAGGAAUACCAGCUUCGACGGCGUCACGGGACCGGUCCGUUUCUACGAUAACGAAAGGAAAGCGUACAUUCUUCUAAAACAAUUUCAAAACGGUCGCGAGGUAAACGUAGGCGAAUACGAUAGCAUGACCGGCGUCCUGGAUUUAACGAGAGGUGAGGCUCAGCUCUGGAGCGGCAAACCGCCGCCGAAAGACAGAACCGUUCGCAUCAUCGAGCACACGACCGUGGACAUCACCCUGUACGCGGUGCUAGCCUCGGCUGCUAGUGGCGGUAUCGUCUUGGCGUCCAUUUUUCUCGCCAUCAAUAUCAGAUUCAGAAAUCAAAGAUACAUCAAAAUGUCAUCGCCCCACCUGAACAACCUCAUCAUCAUCGGUUGUAUGCUGACGUACAGUAGCGUUAUCUUUCUCGGACUGGACUCGCAAUUAUCGAGCGUGGCGGCGUUCCCGUAUAUCUGCACGGCCAGAGCGUGGCUGCUGAUGGCCGGUUUCUCGUUAGCAUUCGGAUCCAUGUUCUCGAAAACCUGGCGGGUGCAUUCAAUAUUCACCGACGUGAAGCUCAACAAGAAGGUAAUAAAAGAUUAUCAAUUAUUCAUGGUGGUUGGGAUAUUGCUGGCUAUCGAUCUCACGAUUAUGACGACGUGGCAAGUCUCUGAUCCGUUUUAUCGGGCGAUCAAGCAAAUGGAGCCGUAUCAUCACCCAUCCAGCGAGGAUAUAAUAAUCGUCCCGGAAAACGAGUACUGUCAGAGCAAUAAAAUGAAUGUUUACCUGAUUUGCAUAUACACGUACAAAGGUCUUUUAAUGAUAUUCGGUGCCUUUCUGGCAUGGGAAACGCGACACGUUAGUAUACCGGCAUUAAAUGACAGUAAGUACGUGGGGAUGAGCGUGUACAACGUCGUUAUAAUGUGCGUCACCGGUGCGGCUAUAAGCUUCGUACUUACUGACAAACAGGACGCCAUGUUUAUAAUGUUGUCGGUGUUCAUUAUAUUUUGUAGUACAGCCACUCUUUGUCUGGUUUUUAUUCCUAAGGUAAUAGAGUUACGCAGAAAUCCACAGGGAGUGAUAAAUAAGCGGACCAGGGCGACUUUGAGGCCAAUGUUGAAAAUACGAAGGGAUUCGACAGUCAGUGAACUCGACGAGCGUUUAAAGGAGGCAAAGCUGGCGAAUAAAAAAUUUCGAAAGCAACUGUUGCAAAAGGAUUCCGAGCUUCAGGGAUUUUUAAGAAGAAUAGGCGACGAAACCGAGAUCGAGACGCAAGAGACGGUCGACACGCUGCCCGUGCCGAAACAGGAAGAAGCCGUUAAAAAGGAAGGGCCAUCGAUAACCACAGAGACGACUGAUGUUUCGAUGUCUAUGUGCAGUUUGAACUCGUCUACCGUUUCGCAACCCGAGGGUGAUUACGUCAACGUGGAUCAAGUAACGAAGAAAAGGUCGUCUUCGAAAGUUGCGUCAAUCGUCGACAGCGAACGAGUGGCUGUAACGACUCAGGAGGCGAUCGAGGAGAGCACAUCGCCUGAGACGGCGAUAGAAGCACCGCCGUCCCCGCCGCCGCCGUCAACGACGACGACGACAAUGACGGCGGCGACGACGACGACGACAGCGGCGACAACGACGACGGCGAUGACAAUGACGGCGACGACAACGACGACGAUGACGACGCAUUUGCAUCACACGUGCGGCAGAGACACGUCGCGGCGGAAGAGCGUCACCGCCGACGAGGUGAGCGAGUCGCGUCCGAAGCGCGGCAGGAGCCCGGAGCCGCUGCCGAACGAAAUGCCGGUCACGACGCGCUACGACUUUGUGCCGCCGGUCGUCGAAGAGAGCGACUCUGUGGUCCUGGAGGAGAGGGAGAUCGCGAGGCACGUGUGCCACCGAAGACGGAGCAAGGACGAACGCAGAGCGAAACUGUCGACGCCGCCGCCGACGAAGAACGUCUCCUUCGGCGAGCUCCACGAGCAGAGCUACAUCGAGCAAGUGAUCAUGCCGACGUUUCCCCUGCAUCAUUACGUACCGAAUCAUCGACACGAAAAAUACGACGAGACAAUGUCGACGAUCAUUCAGCGUUCCAUGUCGGAGCGUUCACGGGAGAAGUGCCUGCGACUGCAUAUCGGGGGCGGCUACCCCAUAGUCGAGUGCUCGCACCGCGUCGCACGCCGGAUGUGUCGUCACACCGGUUCGAAGCUGCGACAUCAGGCACGACUGGAAUACGUGCAGAGCAGUCCGAACGUGGCGACAAUGCACAACGGCAAACACGUCGCGACUAAUCCGCGGGGCGGGACUAGCGACGUAAACGGUGAUUCCGCGGUGAACGUCUCGAAGAUGUACAACGCCGUAUCGGACGGUGAACUGUUGGAUCUGACGAUCCUGCCGAUCUUUCAGAAGCUCCUCACCGAGCGACACAAGAGCACUGCCAGGCGGGGCUAUCGCUCGAACAUAGCUAGUUGCCCGAAUAUAUCCAUCAAGUGCGACAUCGUCGAGUACCUCUAACGGCCAGCCGGGCGGAUCUCUGAUUCUCAUGAUUUUUCACCGUGUCGGCGUAAAACAAAAACUCGCAUUUCUCAUCAUCACGGACUCGAUGUGUGGAGGAUGUGUGUUUUAAGAGAGUCGGUUUUACUUAAGUCGAUUAGUUGAUCUCGCAAAUGUAAUUUUAGACUGUUGAGCGUCUCGUAUGAGAGAGCGAUUGCGGCGAUAAUUUAUUGUUAAACUGAAUCGUAUACAGAUAGUUUUACUAUUACUACUGAGAUAGUUGACUUAUUUAUAAGAAAACGCCGAUGUGUGAGCUGAGAAAAUCGUCACCGCGCAAAACACCGUUGUCGGGAUUGAUUGAUUGAUCAAUUAAUUUAUUCGUUCCGUCUUUCGCGCCCUCGAUAUUAUACACGGCAUUUAUUAUCAUCAAUAAAAAAAAAAAAAAAAACGAAGAAC